UAGGGUUUUUAACAAUAAAUGAUUAUUUUAAUCAAAUAACACUUUGUCUUACAUAAACAUCGAUAGAUUUAUUGAAUUAUCAACUUGUUGAAUUGUUUAUUGAAGCCAUAACAGUUGUUGAGGGGAUUAUUUCCGUUUGAGGAAGCUAACAUUACAGUUAACGUUAGCGCAAACAUGACAACCAGACAGAAGACACUGACUCGAGACAAACAGGUGAUUGCUGAGGCGCUGGAUACUGAGACUCAGUCACUGGUGUUUGUCAAGCGCAUGGUGGUUUUAGCUGUCUCCUCCAUCACCUAUCUGCGUGGGAUAUUUCCAGAGGACUCCUACAGAUCCAGAUACCUGGAAGAUUUGUGUAUCAAAGUCCUUAAAAAGGAUUGUACUUGCCCUGCAGCCCGCAAUCUCGUCAAAUGGCUGAUGGGGUGUUUUGAUGCUUUGGAGAAGAGAUAUCUUCAAAUGGUGGUCAUUGGGGUACACACAAGCCCAGAUGACAUUAAUCACGUCAUUGAGUCCUAUCAGUUUAAGUUCAGAUACUCAGAGUGUGGACCACAGAUGGACAUCAUGAGUAAUGUGACUGGGACCAUGAGAGUGACCUUAGAGGACACUAAGAAAGCUUCAACUCUCCUGAUCAAGAAGCUGUUCCUCCUCAUGCAGCAUCUAGAAGCUCUGCCCACUGACGUUUACCUCACUAUGAAACUCUACUACUAUGAUGAUGUCACUCCACCUGAAUACGAGCCACCAGGAUUCAAGGCAGGUGUAAAUGACAGUCUGUGGUUCGAGGGAAAGCCAGUGCACUUCAGAGUGGGCGAUCUGCAGUCUCGCUUCCACACCAUGAAGUUGCGUGUGACGGCAGCACACAACCGACUCGGGAAGCUACAGGACGGGGGCCAGUUGAGCGACAACGACACGGAGAUGGUGACACCCUCUCUCUCUCAAAUCAGAGCUGUAGAAACGAUGACCAGAAACUCGGACCAGGACCUGCCAUCUGAAGACGAAUCUCUUGCAAACUUUAAACAGCCCAGAAAAGCUAUUGCAAAGAGGAAAUGUGUGAGAAGCAAACUUCCAAGGAGGAAAAAGAAGAAAUGCUUUUAAAACCCAUAACAGGUUCACAUCAGACAAACAUGUUUUUGCCAACAUUUUUUAUUCAAAUAUAGUAAAAAUGGCUUUGUACCAGGAAGAAGUUUAAAAAGUUUUUAGCUCUAGAGAAUUCAUUCUCAAAUUCUAAGAUAAUUUAUUAUUUAUUUAUAAUUUAUAAUGAGGUGACUUCCUGUUUGGUGUUGAUGAAGAAGGACAGAGAUAUUAAUUCGCUGAAUGUAGAAAACAAUGUUGAAUGAAUGACACAUCAGCUGAAUGUACAAGAGUAUGCACAUAAAAUAAACAAUACUUCAGAC